UGUGAUAUUCAUGAUUCUACUUUAUUUAAUAUUUUUAAAUUCAUACAACAAUGUAGGAGCAUUGUGUUUGGGAUGUUAGAGAUGAGGCCGCGAUUAAAGAAAACUUUCACACAAAAUGUGCUGCUCGAUUUUCUGAUACCAUGAGGAAUGUUAGACUUAAAUGGGAAGCAAAAGGGACACGUCCACGUUGGAUAGGAGAAGAUAUAUUCCCAAAGCUUAUUGAUCAUUGGAAUUCUGAUAAGUUUAAGGAAAUAUCUGAGCAGGCAAAGAAAAAUAGAGCAUCUGAAGUUGGUGGCUGCAACUACGCAGCGGGAAGUAUUAGUGUGGCUGAAGUUGCGCGAAGGAUGCGUGAAGAAUUAGGCAGAACUCCACUUCUUAAUGAGCUCCACAUGGAGACUCAUCUCAAGAGAAAUGGAGAGUUUAUUGACGAGCGCGCAAAAAUCACUCAAGAGAAUUUUGAUAAAGAACUUGCCAUAAAGUUGUCAGAGCAUCCUGAAAUACCCCAACCACCACCAGGGUAUCCUGUUAACCCCAGUAUUGGUUUUCAGACUUGGUAUAAGGUUUCAGGUGGAAAGAAGAAAAAUGGGAGAGUGUAUUGUACUGGAGGGUAUUCCAAAAAUAUUAAGCGGCGUAGUAGAGAUUUCAAAAUGAGAUAUGCUGAUGGAGAAGGAUCAUCCACUCCACCUAUAUUAACCGCCGAAAUGCUUGAAACUGUGAGAAACUUGGCAAAUACUGAGGCAACACAACAAGUAGCAGCAAGAAAUUUGGAAAUUGAAGAGAUGAAGAGAAAACAAUUAGAGAUGCAGGAGGAAAUGCAAAGAAGAGAAAGAGAAUUACGGGAAGAAAUGAGGAGAGAAUUUCAGGAAGAAAUGAGGAGGCAGGCACAGGAAUAUCAAGAAGCAAUGCGAAUUGCAAAUGAACGGUCACAAAGGUUUGAUCAAUUUUUUGCUUCACAAAAUAUGAGUGGUGGUGGAUUUGGAGGAACUAGUGGAUAUGGAGGAGCUGAUGAAGAAGAGGAGGAACAAGAUGGGGGGAAUAAUUAAAUUUACAUAUUUAAGUUUAUUUUUAUUUGUAUGGAACAAUUUGUGUUAAUUAUUUUGAACUUAUUUUUAAAUAUUAUUGUAAUUUUGU